AGCUGUUUCGUAUCAGAGAUGGAGUGGCUAGGAAAUUCACUCUCGCCGCUUGAUGAAGCCUCCGAUUCAAGUUAUGGAUAUGGCCUUGGCCGACCUGGCUACAGCAAUUCGAAGUCCUGCUCAAGCAAUACGCUUGCAUGCAUCAGCAGCUUGAGCACAAUGGCGCCAGACGACCCAGAAGACAUGCAUCACGUGGAUGGAGCUGAGAGCCCCUCAAAGUGUGAAGUUCGCGAAGGCUUGCUCAGUGGACGUAAGCAUUUACGAACUGCUGGGGACCGCGAAUGGCAUACCUUUACCGUCCGAUUGCUUCUUCCCUUGGAAGAGGAUAAAUCUUUGUUUCUGGAGGAUUCAGUGUCGCCUUUGUCCGAGCCAGAGACCAUGGGAGACAUAGGACACAUGGUGACGCGAUGCCGGUCGGCUUCAGCAUCCCCCUGUUUUGAGAGGUGUAGAUCGCCACAGGCACUGAAUGAGGCGGAUGACAAGUUCCGUGACUAUGCAAAGGUGAUUGCCCGUGAUGUCGCAAGAGUCUACACAGGCCACGAGCAAGUCGACCAGCUUCGUUUGGAGAUGGCUGCUGUUUUGAGGGGCUAUGCUCGGAAGAAUCCGCAUUUGGGCUACACUCAAGGGAUGUGCUUCCUUGCAGCUGUAACUUGCAGCAAAGGGCGAGAUUCCCUCAUUGCAGAGCAGCUCUUUGCAGACUAUAUGGCAUCAUUCAAGUUGCUUUGGUCCCAGGACUUUCCUUUGAUUGAUGAAGGGAUCCCUUUACUGCAGAGUGUGCUCGACAAGACUGACGGACAGUUGAGCUACCAUCUCUUCCAGACACUAGGACUGAAUUUGACGGCAGUCCUUCCCACUGCGUGGCUCUCUAUGUUUGGAAAGUGGCUUCCCUUCGAGCAACUCCUUGAAACAGUGCCAUUUCUGGCAUCUGCUGGCCUGGCUGGCUUUUUGACCGUCACAAUCGUCAUCCUCACGUCGUAUCGAUCGGACCUUUUGGGCCAUCAGACUGUCGAGGAUGCUUUGAUGUUUAUCACUGCCUUGCGCAGAAUGCCGGUGCCAUCCAAUCUCAUGUUUUCGUGCCAACUGACUCUUCCAAGAGUGAGGGCCCAGGUCCCUGGCUGAGAUGUCAGGGUUGGCGCGGCACUGUGUUAAUGAAGCAGAG